CUCUGUAGAAUUAAUCCUUUGACUUGGUCAUACGUUUGCCUACUCUUCACUAGCUGCUGACAGACCUGUAAAGCACAUGAUGGAAUCAUCUCCCUGGGAAUCUGAAUGAGUCCUGGCAUCUUGGUGUGCAGAGCAAUUAAUCAAUUCCGGUGUGAGAUUUAUUCCGGGUGUGACGGUGUCAUGCAACUGAUUCUUUAUUGAGCUAAACGAAUGAAACACACAGGAUGCUUUGGAACCGGAAUAAAUUUCCGUUUGUGAAGAACGCCAGCAUUCUUGGAGACACUGAUCUCUCUGCUACGGUGAAGUCCAAAUUAAAUUGCUCAGCAUCCCUAUCCUUCUACAGAAAUGGAACAUAUAUGGACAUGAACAGUUCUAUCUCGAUUCUUGGAAAAAAUAAAAUAUAUCAAGAGAACGAGUAUGUUCUUAACAAUUCUGGGAUUUUUGUGUGCGAAAAGGAGGCAUGGAUUGACAUCAAUGACAUCCGGGUACUGACAACGAUCGUGACGUUCACUAUUUCUGUCACGUGCCUCAUCAUUGCCUUUAUCAUUCACAUCUGUACAAAGACGUAUCGCUCCACACACGACAAAUGCAUGAUGUCCUUCUCAGCGGCACUUUUCUUUGCUCAAGGUGCUUCUUUGGUUCCUCACUUGACAACAAACUUUUGUAAGGCUAACGCCGUCCUCCUGCAGUAUUUAUGGUUGACUGUUUUUACGUGGACAAGCGUGAUGGCGUUUGACCUUGCUUACACAUUCAGCAUUUGCAGGAUAUCUUAUCUUAGAUCCACAGACAGUAAGAAAUUGUUCAGAAAGUAUUCUCUUUUUGGAUGGCUUCUACCAUUGGCAGUCGUUUUGGUGUGUGUUCUUCUUGACCAGUUUGAAGAGUCGGUGAACUUUGGAUAUGGUUCAAGAGGACAUUGCUGGAUCACCAACAAAAUAGCUGUGUACAUCAGCACUACAACUCCUAUCGUAAUUUGUCUCAUCUUCAAUUUUGUAUGCAUUGGAAUAUCCAUGUUUGGAAUAGAAUAUGUUAAAAAACAAUCUUUAAAUGUUAAGAAAAAUACAAAAGACGCCGCAAGAUGCACAGUUUACCUACAGAUAUCACUCUUACUUGGUGUCACUUGGAUUUUGGCUUUUAUUAUUAUAGCAUUCCCGUUCCUAUGGUUACAGGUUAUGCACAAUAUCAUUAACGGUUGUCAAGGUGUUUAUGUGUUGGUAAUGACUUUGAAGCAUCCUAAAGUUAUUAAAGGAAUUUCUAGAAGGAUGCAGAAAUAUAAAUUGUCUUACAGUAAAACGAAAUCAACGACGCUCACUUCUUCAACUCCAAAUAAACCUAUCAACAGACUCAACAGAUCCCACUCUAUUUAG